AUGAAUAACGAUGAUUCUUUUGCUAGAAUCGAGCAAUUUCUUUCCGAACAAUUAACUGGGAAAGAUCGUAGAAAAUAUAAUGAAAAAAGAAUAUACGAGUUAGGUGCCAAGAAGCCCAAAGGUAUUAAAAUUCCAACACCCAUUGCGUUAGGAAUGCAGGCUAAACGUCAAGAACGUGCAAAAAAAGAACUUCAGGAGGCAAAAAAUCUAGGUCUAUAUCAUCACUCGAUAAAACAUAAUUGGGCUGAUUCAAUAUCUUCACUUUUAAACAAGAAUAAAAAAACUUAUCGAGAUAAAGGAAUUAGAAUGGGAAUUGGUAAAGUUAAAGAUGGUAUAUUAACCUUGAGUUCUAACGAUAUUAAAAAAGUUCAGAAUAGUAAUAGGAUUAAAAAACGAAGUAAUAAUGGGAAGAAUGGGAAGAUCAGAAAAGCUGUGGGUGGUAACAAAGCGAAAUCAAAAAAGAAGCGCAAGUGA